UCCUUUUACCCUUUCUUCCAGACAAAUGUUGUUAGAGGAAGUAAGUCCACCUCCGCAGCCAUCCCUUUGCCCAACAGCUGAACCCCGCCGUUCCCUCUUGCAGUGGCACACCAGAGCCAGGGCAGCCCACAAGGAGAAGGGAGGGGGAACAGGCUGGCAGCUGAAGGGCAGCACGGGCUGCAGCCACCAGUUAGCACAGUCUGAAUCUCCUGGACACCGCUGUUUGGUUACUUUGGAACUGCUACUGCUACGUGACAUUAACUCAAGGCCAGAUCUGCAACUGUCUGCAUCAAUCCGGCGAAGCUCUCUGCAGAAAGGUGACAGAGCAGAGAGGGAACAAGCUCUCUCCAGAAAUGUCACCUCUCCUGUCAUCCUGGUAGUUACCCAUUUUCCACUUGGAAGCUUUCGGACAUUACCAGAAAUGUUCCUAGCAUCCUGGAUCUUGGGAGUGACAGUAAUACUUUGUUGUGUGUCUUGGUUUCUUCUAGGGAGGAGGAGAAGGCGGCAAGGUGAGCCACCUCUUGAAAACGGGUUCCUUCCAUACCUGGGCUGUGCCUUGAAGUUUGGUGCCAACCCCCUUGAAUUCCUCAAAGAAAAGCAGAAGAAGCAUGGCCACAUCUUCACUUGCCAUGUAGCAGGGAAAUACAUUCAUUUCCUCACUGACCCUUUUUCAUACCAUGCAUUGAUGCGCCAGGGAAAACACUUGGACUGGAAAAAAUUCCAUUUUGCUACUUCUGCCAAGGCUUUUGGGCAUGGUAGCAUUGACCCAGAGGAGGGAAACACCACUGAAAAUUUUCAUCAGACUUUCAUUAGAACCCUUCAAGGCAAUGCCCUAGAUGCCCUCAUUGAAGCAAUGAUGGAAAACCUACAGUAUGUCAUGCUGCAGUCAAGAGCACCUAAGCUUCAGUCUAAUACCUGGGUGACAGAAGGACUUUAUACCUUCUGUUGCCAAGUGAUGUUUGAGUCUGGCUUUUUAACACUUUUUGGUAAAGAAUUUAAUUCAAAUAAUGAUAAAAACCUAUCAUCAAAGCAAGAAACUGAGAGAGCUCAUAUCCUAAAUGCCCUUGAAAACUUCAAGGAAUUCGAUAAGAUUUUCCCAGCCCUCGUGGCAGGGCUGCCCAUCCACCUCUUCAAGAGUGCCCACAGCGCACGUGAGAGGCUGGGAGAGGCACUCCUGCACAAGAACCUCCUGAAAAGGGACAACCUCUCUGAGCUUGUCACCCUCCGCAUGUUCCUGAACGACACCCUGUCAACCUUCGAUGACAUGGAGAAAGCCAAGACCCACGUGGCAGUGCUCUGGGCCUCUCAAGCAAACACCAUUCCAGCCACCUUUUGGACCUUGUUCUAUCUUCUUAAGAGUCCAGAAGCAAUGACAGCUGCUACCAAAGAAGUGCAAAGUGUUUUGGAAAGUGCUGAAGAGAGUAUCAGCUUAGAUGGCAAAAAUAUUUCCUUGAACCGAAAACAGCUGGAUAAUAUGCCAAUACUAGACAGCAUCAUCAAGGAGGCGAUGAGGCUCUCCAGUGCAUCCAUGACUUUCCGAGUGGCCAAGGAGGAUUUCACUUUGCACUUGGAGAACGACUUUUACAACAUUCGCAAAGAUGACAUUGUAGCUCUUUAUCCUCAGCUGCUGCAUUUCGAUCCAGAAAUCUAUGCUGAUCCCUUGACAUUCAAAUACGAUCGCUUCCUGAACGAGAAGGGAGAGGAGAAGACCGACUUCUACCGGAACGGUCGGAAGCUGAAGCAUUACUACAUGCCUUUUGGGACAGGCAUUGCCAAGUGCCCGGGCAGGUUGUUUGCUGUCCAUGAGAUUAAACAAUUUUUGGCUCUGAUUUUUUCAUAUUUUGAGAUAGAGCUUGUGGACGGUAAUGUGAAGUGUCCCUCUCUAGAUCAAUCCCGUGCAGGACUGGGUAUUUUGCAGCCAUCCAAUGACAUUGAUUUCAGGUACAGGCUGAAAUGCUUAUGAAUAUAUGUUUUGUAUUAUGCAUAUACACUAUGUACUAGUAGUACAUAAAUACACUGUAUAUACUAACAGUACUAAAUACACUGUAUAACUUAUGCUUUAUAUACAUUUUAUGUAUAUAUGCAAAUGAAAUGCUUCAAGUCUUGGCGGAAAAUCUAUGUGAAGAUGCUAAUUCACCAUUUUAAUGAAAAAUGUGCACUAGUGGGGUACCAGUGUGCAGUGGGUUUAAUUCUCUCUUUUGAUGCAAAUCUCUCCCUUUUUACCAACCAUUUUGAAAGGCAAGUUAAGAUUUUCCAUUGUGUGUGUACAGCAGCUGGGGUUUUUUUCUGUCAACAAAUACUUUCCCACAGGUAGAAUUUCAUGAGCUAAUUCGUAAUAAUUUCAAAAUUUUGCUACAGCUAAAAUAUAUUCUUUUCUAUAAUUGAAAUGUUGGGGCUAUAAUUCUAUAAUUGAAAUGGGGGCUGGGCCUCCUCACAGGUAAAAUAAAGUUUUUGUUGUGUAAAGGCAGAUUCACAGUGGGGAGGGGAGAGUUUCCUGGGGAAUUACAUUUAUGGUUUUAUGAAAAACUGGAAGAAGACUUGGAAAAAACCUACAGAAAUAUUCACGUUCAAGUGAAACUGCAAAACUUGUAUCAUAUUCUUUGUAAGAUACUUAUUUUUAGAAAGUGCUAACUGUGUUAAAAUAAAUUAUAUUGGCUGAACCAAA